UGGGGUAGAGAAUGUGAAGAGGGCACAGAUUAUCAAUCUGUGACGCUAGUACAGUCACUGUGGUGAUCAUGAGCAGACAUGUGGACGGGCUACAUACACAACACCCUGCCAAGAUGUCAGCAUCAUCAUCACUUCUCUACAUACAGUGAGUAUUACACAGUGGAAGUCCCUGCUUCUUUAUGGUUGGGUUCUUGCCUCCAGCGUGAAGUCAGGAUACUUCUUCCAUUUACACUGAGAAGAGUUUCAUCCCUGAAAGCAGCUUUCGCAAAUUAAAUUUACAACUUGACCACUGGAAAACUUUCCUUGAAGCUGGAUUAUUUUUACGAGAAAAAUCAUCCCUUCUACAAAAUGAAGCAAGGCCAAACAACUUUCAAACAAACUAUUGUAAUGCUUUGACUAAUGUUGUCUGAUGGGAUGCAGAUGGAUGGACAGCAACACAUGACACUCAUCUAACACCAAGUGUCAGUCUGGUUUUGGGCUGGCUGCGCUGUGACCACUGCCCACUGCCAUGCCCGAGAUGCAGACCUUCUACCAGCCCCGCCACACCAUCCGUCACGCCACAGGUCUCUACCUGGAACCCACCCUGAUGCAGCGGCGUGUCCUGGAAGAUCAAGUGGAGCUGUGGUGGUUCAAAGAGCCACGCCAAUCCCUUUUGUGCUACUGUGCCUCAGUGGCCCUCAUCCUGGGGCUGGGCCUGGGUGGCGUUGGGCUCCUCUCCACCACCACCAGCCUGUCCGGGGAGUGGCGCCUCGGGGUGGGCACUACACUCUGCCUCUUAGCCCUGGCUGUUCUGCUCAAGCAGCUUCUCAGCUCUGCCAUCCAGGACAUGAACUGUGUGCGCAGUCAACGUCGGAUCAACCAGCUGAAGAGCGGCGGCAGGGCUGACCCGGCACUGAUCUUAGCUGUGGGGCUGGCGGUGAUGCUCUGUGGGUCGGUGCUUCUCUGUGUGGCCACAAUCGGCAGCCAGGGUCAUGAAAGCAAGGAAAUGUUGGUGUGUAGUCUGGUGCUUAUGGCUGCUGGGGCAGGCAUGGCUCUAGCUGUAGUGGGCUACAGCACGCUCAUCUACCUUAAAAGAAGAAGGGAACAGAGGAGGAGGAGGAUGAUGAGCAGACCGAGGAGGCUGGGGAGUCGAGGUGUCAGGGUGUUCAGUGUCUCAGGAGGACAGAUGAGCCAAGCCAGGAGAGAGACAUCCUCCAGCAGAAGCAGCCUCAUCUGAAUGGACUAAAUGGGCAAAAUCUCCCAGAGAAAAAGGAUCAAAAAGUCUGUGAAGGGAAAGAUUAGAUGAAAUUUGUCUAGCAGAUGUACAAAAAGGAAAACAAAUAUAGAAAAAAAACAACAAAGAGAUGAAUUUAGACUUCACAGCUGUUUCCAGUCCUUUCGUUAUCAUUAGCAUAACAUUGCCUACUGGUGAACAUCAACAGCAGACUGCUGCACCGCAUGCUUUCAACAGCGGCUCAGUAAUCUGAUGAACACACCUUCUGCAUGUUUUUACUGUCUGAAUGCACCAUUUUGAUACAUCUGAGUAGUUAUGGUUGAAAGUGAAGACUCAAUAAGUGUUCACAUCAAAUCAAAACAUUACUGUGUUGCACAUGUUUUCUGUGUUGAUGAUAUUUCAGACCAAGGUUGGCAAAGUACAUGGAAGAAAGAAAGAAUAUGAAAUUGGAAUU